AUGGCUCCUAAAGGCAAAAGUCGCAAUGAAGAUCUUGUGCAAGAAGAUAUUCUUCAAGCUGUAGUAAUUGCUGAUAGUUUCAACGUCCGUUUCGGACCAAUCACAUACAAGAAGCCAAGGACCUUGCUGCCGUUGGUCAAUAUUCCACUCAUUGAAUAUACAUUUGAGGCUUUAGCUGCAUCUGGUGUACAGGAGGUAUUUGUGUUUUGCUGCCAUCUUGGGGAUCAAGUGAGGGAACAUAUCAAAAAAUCCAAAUGGAUGCAAGGUGGGUCGCCCAUGACUGUAACAACCCUUAUGUCAGACUCCUGUCUGUCAAUGGGAGAUGCACUUCGGGAGAUUGAUGCUAAGUCGCUCAUCCGGAACGAUUUCAUCCUGAUCACAGGAGACCUGGUGUCCAACAUGGACAUCAGUCAGGUUGUCAAGGAGCAUAAGGCUCGGACACACGGAAAAGACAAGUCAUCGGUCAUGACCUUAGUUUACAAAGUAGCACUUCCAGGUCAUAGGACACGCAGCAAAGAAGACGACAUGUUCCUUGUUGAAGAGGGCGGAACUGGCCGUCUCCUGUAUUUUCAAAAAUCACAUGACAGCAGGAAGAUUAAAAUACCCAUGGAUAUUAUGCUGGAGCAUGAUGAUAUAAUCAGCCACAAUGACCUGAUGGAUUGCCAUAUAUCCGUGUGCUCGCCCGUCGUCCCCACUCUGUUUACUGACAACUUCGACUACCAGACCAGAGAUGAUUUUGUGAAAGGGAUUUUAGUCAAUGAAGAAAUUAUGGGUAACAAAAUUCAUUUGAGCAUCAUCCGUGACAAAUAUGCAGCACGAGUUUCAAACAUGCACACAUAUGAUGCGAUCAGCAAAGAUGUCAUUACUCGGUGGACCUACCCUCUGGUUCCUGAUUUGUUUGGCUCCAACCAGAGUGAGAGAAUCAAGUAUGGCAGACAUAAUGUGUACUGCAGUGAGGAUGUGACUUUGUCCAGAGGUUGUGAGCUUUGCCAGGAUGUGGUGGUUGGCAGUGGGACGGAGAUCGGCAGUGGUUCUGUUGUUUCUGGAUGUGUUGUCGGUAGAAAUUGUAAAAUAGGUGAGAAUGUGAUCUUGAGGAACAGCUACCUCUGGGACAAUGUUACGGUGGAAGAUAACUGUGAGAUCGACACUGCUCUCCUGUGCUCUGGGGUCAAGGUCUUGAAUAAUGUCAUCAUCAAGAAAGGGGUCAUCCUGGCCUGGGAGGUAGUAGUAGGCCCAGAUGUGACAGUGCCACAAGGAACACAGCUGAUGUCUGAACCCCAGAGCGAUGGCUUCGAUGAUACCGAGUCCUUCGGAGAAGAUGAUAUGACCACUGAUAAUAAAAUAUCAAAUGGCAAAGAGGACAGUGUACAAGAUACAGAGAAGUAUGGACAAAGAAGCAAAGCUUACCUCUACAAACCAGAUGUUGAUAGUGACAAUGAAGAAGAAGGCUUGGUGGUAGAUGUCACCUGGGGUCUGUCUGCCUCCGACUCUGAGGAUCAUUUGUCUGACAAUUCAGAAGAAGAUGAUGAUGAUAGCAGGAAAGAGCAGGAUGUGGAAAGUGACCUUGAGGAAGGAGAGCCAGUAGACCUUGAAUCAGAUGACGAGGACGAGGAUGUAGUAGACAGCUCGCUGGGCUUCAAUCCUAAAGCAUGCAUGAUGGAGAGAAACUCAGCCUUCUACCAAGAACUUUUGGACACCUUCCUGAGAGCCAACAGUGAUAAGAUUAGCGAUGACAACCUUAUACUAGAAAUCAACUCUUUAAAACAUGCUUACACAGUUCCCAUUGAUCAAGUCAUUCACAGUCUGCCUUCAACUUUGAUCGAGAUGGCAGCUCAGGAGUUAAAGAUUCCCAUCUCAGCUGAGCCACAGUUGUUGGCAGCAGCUAAAAAGAAUAUUGAGCAGUAUUCCUCCCUGUUGUGCUACUACAUAAAAAACAAUGAAACGAAGCUGAUCGCAAUCAAUGGACUCGGGGAUUUUGUGAUAAAGCACAAAGACUUGCAGCCUCGACUGCCUCAGUUUUUAAACUUUCUCUACGAUGCUGAUGUCCUUUCUGAGCAAGCACUGUUUGGUUGGUUCGAGUCUUCAAAUUUUAGUCCAGGAUCGAAUGAAGCCUUGAGACACAGUUUCUUGAAAAGACUGGCCCAGCCUUUCAUCAAAUGGCUUCGAGAAGCUGAAGAGGAGUCAAGCGACGAUGAUGAUGAAGAAGAAGAUUGA